UGAAUGGAAAUGUUCAGCAUUCGGUGACUCUGUCAUGUGUCUGUAUAACAGCAAAGCCAGGAAAGUGUCCACCCCGAUCAUCUGGAAAUAGAUCGUGUACCAGUUCCUGUAAGAGUGACUCUAACUGUCCCAACAAUGAGAAGUGCUGCAGCAAUGGAUGUGGACGUUACUGUACAGCUCCAUAUACAGUGAAGCCAGGUCAAUGUCCCAAACCGACGAACAUUCCACUGUUUGCUGAAAGCUGUUUCCAUGAUGGCCAGUGUCCUGCCACACAGAAAUGUUGCCCAACCACCAGUGUCCGUGCAUGCAGUGAACCACGUGGCCAGGGGAGUGGUCAGGGAAGUGGUCAGGGAAGCGGUCAGGGGAGCGGCCAGGGAAGUGGGCAGGGGAGCGGUCAUGGCCAGGGAAGCGGUGAGGGCCAGGGAAGCGGCUAUGGUCAGGGAAGCGGUCAUGGCCAGGGAAGCGGCCAGGGUCAGGGGAGCGGCCAGGGAAGUGGGCAGGGGAGCGGUCAUGGCCAGGGAAGCGGUGAGGGCCAGGGAAGCGGCUAUGGUCAGGGAAGCGGUCAUGGCCAGGGAAGCGGCCAGGGUCAGGGGAGCGGCCAGGGAAGUGGGCAGGGGAGCGGUCAUGGCCAGGGAAGCGGUCAUGGCCAGGGAAGCGGUCAAGGAAGCGGUGAGGGCCAGGGAAGCGGACAGGGAAGUGGUGAGGGCCAGGGAAGCGGCUAUGGUCACGGCCAGGGAAGUGGUCAAGGUAAUGGUCAGUAAAGUGAUCAAGGUCAGCGAAGAGGUCAGGUAAAUUGUCUUUGAAACUUUCAUAGGAAUUUUGCAUAAUACCUACUGGAGAUCUCUUCAAUUCAGUGCUUUAUUCAUAUGGCAUGUUUUCCAUUUUUGCUUGCAGUUUAGAGAUUUUCUGCUGCUCUCUAUGUCCUUCUCUCAAAUAAAAAGAAAAUUGCUU